UUGCACUGCAAUUUGGUUUUCAUUUGUCAUAUCUCCAAUUGCUACCGACAGCUAGAGCUGCAGAAAACAGAAUGGAAAACAAGGGAGUCAGGUCCUUCGCCAUCAUCACUUACCUUAUGGUGUUUGCGAUGUUAUUGGAUCAAUCCACUGCUUCUUUCAAAAGCUGUUAUGAGAGUUGCUUCAUCCUCUGUAUCAUCACUCCUCACAACUCUGUUGGCUCAUGCUCCUUCAAAUGCUUGAAGGACUGUAUCAUACCGAUGUCUUAUGGUACCAAGACUACCAACACAGAUAACCGAUACUUCUGCAAGCUCGGCUGUGCUUCUUUGUGUUCAAGUUUCAGUACCAAGCAAAACCCAGAGGCGAAAAAAGUGGGUGGCUGCGUAGAUUCAUGCUCAGAGACAUGCAUGUAGUACCAAGAACCCCUAAUUAGGGUUUCUGAUUGUUAAUUGUUAGUUUAUGAUGUUAAAAUGUUAUAUACAUCAAAACAAUUGAUGUCUUCAUAG